GUCUUUGAAGAUAGAUAGAAACCUAUUGCUGCAUAUAAUACUUCUCAGUGUUUUAAAACGUUAAGCACAAAGAUUCUCCCAAAACAUGUCUUCCUCAUUCACUCUUAGACUCUUUUCAACUCUUCUCUUCUGCAUACUUGCCUUCCUCUUCUUUUCACCUACUGAAACAACAUCAACUUUCAGCCAUUACAACUGCACAAGCAAGGACACGUUUAGUCCCAAUAGCACUUACCAAUUCAACUUAGACACACUCUUAUUUGCACUUUUGUCCAAAGCUGCUGAUAUCACAAACCAUGGCUUCUACAACACCACAAUUGGUGGAACAAACACUUCGAACACUAUUUAUGGCCUCUUCAUGUGUAUUGGACACAUAGAACACUGUGGAGAAUGUGUGAGUAACUCCAUCAAGACACUUGCUUCAAUGUGUGCCUUCAAUAAAGAAGCUAUAAUUUGGUCUGAUCAAUGCUUGGUUCGGUAUUCGAACCGGUCUUUCUUCAACACUAUGGAGGAAUGGCCAUCAUUCUGUGUGGAGAACAUGAAGGAUAAUCAAGGCCUGUUGAGUAGCUUUAACAAAGUGCUAAGUUCCCUGAUGGAGGAUCUUUUAACUCAAGUUGGUGAAGCUUCAAUUGGUUCUGAAAAAUUUGUUGUUAACAAAACAAUUUUCUCUGAGGACAAAUUCUUGUUUGGUCUUGCUCAAUGCAUCCCAAGCCUUUCCAAGGAUAAGUGCAAGAAGUGCCUAAGGGAUGCCAUGGCUUAUCUUAAAACCACAUGUGCAAGAGGCAAGAUAGGAGGAAGUGUUCUGUAUCCAAGUUGUAUUGUUAGAUAUGAUUCUUAUUCAUUUUUCCCACUACCUAAAGGGGGGAAAAGGGGGCAUAGAGCACUAGCAUAUGUCAUAAUAUUUCAUGGACUUAUUCCAGUUACGAUUCUCUGUUUUGGGUGCUACUAUCUGCUACAUAGGAAAGCAAGGAAGAUUUUCAAGUGUCAAAAAGAAAAUUUUGGGGAAGAGAUUACACCAGAAAUGAACUCUUUGCAAUUUGAUUUGGCCACAAUUCAAGUAGCUACAAACAAGUUCUCUGAAGAUAACAAGAUAGGGGAAGGUGGUUUUGGAGAAGUUUACAAGGGUAUGUUUCCUAAUGGACAUGAAAUUGCAGUAAAGAGGCUCAUAAGGAAGUCCAGUCAAGGAGCUAUAGAAUUCAAGAAUGAGGCUUUGUUAAUAGCCAAGCUUCAACACAGAAAUCUUGUGAGAAUGUUAGGAUUUUGCAUGGAAAGGAAUGAGAAGAUACUCAUUUAUGAGUUUAUGCACAACAAAAGCCUUGAUUACUACCUAUUCAGCCCUGGAUACCAUAGAAGACUUACUUGGCCUGAACGUUACAAGAUCAUAAGAGGAAUUGCGCGAGGUAUUCUUUAUCUGCAUGAGGACUCUCAUCUCAAAAUCAUACACUGCGAUCUUAAACCCAGCAACAUCUUGUUAGAUGACAGAAUGGUUGCAAAGAUAUCAGAUUUUGGCUUGGCAAGGAUUGUUGCCAUAGAUCAAAUGCAAGGAAAUACUAGUAUAAUUGCUGGGACAUAUGGUUACAUGUCUCCUGAAUAUGCAAUGCUAGGCCAAUUUUCAGUAAAAUCUGAUGUAUUCAGCUUUGGAGUCAUAGUUCUAGAGAUUGUUAGUGGAAAAAGAAAUGUUAACUUUAAUGGGGUAGAUUCCAUUGAUGACCUCUUGAGCCAUGCUUGGAAGAAGUGGUGGGAUAAUAAGCCAUUGGAAUUGUUGGAUCACACAUUAGCACACUCAUUUUCAGAAAAAGAAGUGAAUAGAUGCAUACAAAUUGGUCUACUGUGUGUACAAGAAAACCCGGAUCAAAGGCCUACAAUGGCAACAAUUGCUUUGUAUUUCAACUGUGAUUCAAUGGAUCUGCCAUUACCUCAAGAGCCAGCAUUUUUCAUGCGUGGAAGAACAGAACCAAAGAUGGCUAUUAAGGAAUCAGAGUCAAGACUACCUAGAAAAUUGUCCUAUUAAUUAAAAGUUGAUAUGUCAAAUAUACCCUAAAUGAUAUAAUUAUUACAUAAGCAGUGUCAGCAUGAAUUUCACGGGUAUUUCUAUUUUAUUAUAUACUUUAAUUUUAACAUGC